UCUCAGACGCGUUUCACGUGCGUAGCGCGACGCAGGUUUUUAAAUAACAGGUUUCGAAAAUGGAAUCGCGAUCGUGCUACGGUUGAUCGAUCGAUGCGCGCGAUCGACGCGCAAUUUGCCGAAUCUCGGAGAGAAACAGGUCUCGAUUAUGCUUCACCGCGCGCGCAACGAACGGAUUUUUCUCUUCGAGAAAGAAACAAAGACGCAAUCGCGAGACGAUUUUUUCGAGGUGUUGUUAUCAGUGCGAUCGAUAAUCGAUAAAAACUUGCCGACUUAAUUGCACGAAGGUUCUGCUGUUCUCGACUUCCGCGCGUCACGCGAUUACGUCGAAGUUGUGUAUUUUCGAGUGCGAGUCGGUCGUACCUGCAAAUGUUACGUGUUGCGUGAAAAGUUGCACAGCUGAUAUUAUUGUGUGUGCGGGUGUGUGUGUUUUGACGUGAGUCCUUUUGUUUUGCAAACGCGAUAUUCUCGAACGACACACGUUUUACACGUUUUGUGUGUUCGCUUGGAAACUUGCAAAAAAAUUUGUCACGUGAUCAAGCACUUGAUCUUUAAAGCCGAACUCUUACUCGUUUAUAUUAUCGCAAUCUCGUUAAAUUUAUUUUCUCUUUCUCGUCGAUAAAAGUUAACACGUGGCACACGUGUGUAACAAAAGUAAAUUUUCUUUUUUAUAUUAAAAAACUUCUGGAAGAAAAUAAUUAAAUGGAGCAACGCGAUCGAAGAAAAACAAGUUCGCGACGAUUAUAAUCGGCGAAACUUUCGUUCUUCUCGAGAUAAAAAAAAAGAAAAAAAGAAAAAAAAGAAAAAAGCGCUACGGGAUCGCGGCAUCUUCCACGUGAAUACGUUGAUCCACAUUGUGUUGGAAACUUGUGGCGGCGCUCAUUUGAAUAGAAUAGCCAUGAGAGUGCAAGUAGCACCUUUCUCAGAGGGAAAGAUUUUGCGCUCGUUGGUACAUACAAACACACUUCGUUAAGGCACACUUUAAGACUCCUCGGGGAGAGACUCGCUAACACAGAGAAAAUCUCUUACUUGAUGAUGACUCCUCUGACGAAUGUGUAAAUUCUUGUUUUCAGAAAUGCAAGUUUUUCUUAAAUGAAGAUUCCUCAUUUAAGACAGUGACAUUUUACCGAGUAACAUUGCGACAACGAUCGUUCAAAAAAGUUCCACGAAAACCCACGUUCUUAUUAAUUACACAUUUACGAGGAUAAAUGGUAUUUAAUGAAUCAACGUCCGUUUUCCGGAAGAACGAGAUUACCGCUAGCUUUUUUAUUGAGUUUUUUUUUCAUCGCGACGGUUCGCGUCACUUUUCAAAAAUGAUUAAGGUAAUUGAAAUAAUUAUCUUACGGGGACGCUUGCCUCUGUUUGUUUUUUAUGUUAAUUUUGCGCGUUGCCUCGAGUUAUGAAAGAAAUGCGCGUUAGAGCUCGCAUUGGAAAACGUGUGUGACGCGAUCGUUUCGACCUUGACAGAGUUGCGCGUUUUAAUGCGCAUCCGUUCCGAGAGUCAACGUUACACAAUGACACGGUUCUUAAAUGCCCAAAUCGACGAGAAAAGACGGACGUUGACGCGCGACAUAUCGGCGCGUUAAAUAAACGAACGCGUAGUGGCGAGUCAUCGGCUGCGAUAAUAAAUCGCAGUUUCUUCGUUCGGUUUCCCGAUCCCGGUCAUCAAACCGAAGUGGCGUUUAUAACUUGCCGCUCGCGGUUGCUCAAUGCCGAAUCGCGCUUUCCAAUUCCCGCGUUCGCGUGUUUAUAUCGCGCAAUUAAAUUUCGCGCGGAUCAUAAUCGAGGAUUUUGAGCAACAUCCGGGGCGCGCGAUAUGUCCUCGAUCUCUUCUCGAGAAAUCGGUCCAAAAUCGGCAAAUAACUCAAGGCUUGACCGUGAAUUUUUUCCCGACAGGAACACACACACACACACAAAAUGAAUCCAAUUAGCGAAAAAAAUAUUCGAAAUUUGUUCAACGAGUCAUCUGUGUAAUAAAUCAAUAUCCUGUGCGCGAUAGUUUUUUUUUGUUUUUUUUUAUUUCUCUUCGAUUCGCGACAAUUCGACGUUCGAGCGUAAAACGCGUGUGUUUGCGAUGAAGAAGACCGCGCUAAAUCGAACGGGGGAAGUCGGGACGAUGUUAUCCCGCGUCGAGGAUCUGGAGCGUAGCGCUCAGUGGACCAGUUUGGCGAACGACAUCAACGAGCUCGAGAGACUUCGUCUCGUCGACGCGAGACGACCGGCGAUUCGCCGCGACAAACGAGGUAUCGAGAAGCACACUUAUCAACGUGGCUCAAUGCCGGAAGUGCAGCGAGCGUGCACGGUGCACUUCGACGACGACCGCGACACGAUCUCGCUGAGAGAUCCGGGAUCGGAAAACUCCCGGUGGAGCUGGAAGCCGCGAACGGAUUUCGAGAGAGAAUACUUCUACAAGGAUUACAGGGAUUACUGUAACGGCGGCGGCGAUUCCGGCAAAUAUUUCGAACCCACUUAUCACGAGUUAGCGACGAGAGAUCGUAGUUACGCUCGGUGUUCGUACGAGAGUCCCGCGCGAUCGUCGUCGGUGCGAUAUCCCGCGGGACUCGAGAAGGAACACUUGAGCGACAGCAGGGAGCGACUGCACGAGAUCUUCGAGCACAAUCGGUAUCUGCGCCGGCAGUUCUUCGCCGCCGCCAAUGUGCCGGGAAACGCGCGACAGAAUUGCGUAUACGCCAGGAACUCUUCGGGCAGAAGCAAUCAGGAGAGCAGCUCGUGCGGACGAUGCGCCAUCGGGUUCGGCAGCACCGAGACGCUCACAAGCCAGAGCAAUCAAUCGUCCGUGAGCAGUAUAAACGAGCGGAAGUGCCGCGCGCAAACUACUCGCAGCCCGGAAGAGGAUUCAUUAAGCGAGCUCGCCGGGAGAAACAACGCCGAUCCCUCCGCGAUCGAUCGCGGGGAUCAGCGAACCGGUGACGGCAGGGUGCUCGUGAACAUCUUGCCCGGCAGCGAGGUAAGACGCGUCGAUGUGCGAAACGUGGCCGCGUCCGUCAGACUCGAUGAGGCGAGUAACGAGCGGAGCGAAAACUCAUCAUCGGCGGCGAUCAUCGAGGAAGUUCGAUUUCGGAACCCAAAGCGCCAGCCGGAAAUGCUCGAUAAAUCGAGUCAGUGUGACAUCACGGAAAACGAUAGAGAAAGGAAUCUGCCGGAAUACAUCUUCGGAGAAGAAGCCGGGAGAAGCGAAUUCGAUGAGACUCGACGAGACGGGAAUUCGUUGGGAGAACGCCGUAACGAUCGACGACUUGGCGAUUUCGAGCGGAAUCGAUUCCCCGACACUCGAUCCGAGAGAAUUUCCGCCGCGAACGGACGAUUGAAUUCCGGCGAGACAAGAAGAAGCAUCGCGAGAGAGGACGACAAUAGGAUCCGCGAGGUGACUGCCGCGCCGAAUCUGACAAUCGUGAAGCGGAGCACGCCGCUAUAUAUCGCGCGGGCGGUGCGAGUUUCCGAAGAGACCGAAUCGUCGGAUUGCGAGCCGCGCGUCGCGAUGUCGAGUCGCGAGUCGAAUCAACGCGGCGAGAAGGAGCGACGAUCGGAAGAACGACGUGAGGAGAUCGAAGGUCGGACACGCUCGAUCGGUCACGAACAAUCAACGGUGUCUACGACGUUGGACGAGGAGGAGUCGGUGGUCCCGUCCAACUGUUUGACCGCGCUGAGCAGGGUCAAGUUGGCGAGGAUUCCUCCUCCGUUGGAUCUGAGCGCGGUAAACGAGCAGUGCGAAUACAUGGAGUCGAACGAGAGAAGAUGUUUGAACGAUUACAGCGUCGACGUGGCGAUUUUGCGCAAUCAGGAAGAUCUGCUCGAAGAUCUGCUGACCGCCGUCGUUAGAAACGAACGAACCGGCAACCUUAGAAAUAUCGGAAGAAACGACGUCUCGUCGGGGACGUUCGAUGUUGGAAUUAUCGGAGAUGGUCGACGCUGCGGAAGAAAGGACGACGGGAGAAGAAGACCGAUGAUGAGGCCUCUGCACAAAUCAUGCGGUGAUCUCUCAUUGUCCAACGAGCUGCUGCAAUCGCCGCAAUUGGUCAAUAAUUAUAAGAGCUCGGGUGAUCUGCGUGCGACAGAUGAUGAUGCUUCGUUCGGGACACUUCGAGGUUCGAUUGACCCUGAUGACCGUCGCCGUAACCGAGCGGCCGGCCCUUUGUUCGAUCAGACGAAUCCGAUUGGCGGGCUCCACGCCGCCGGAAGCACACUUCCGUCUACGGUCUACGGACCGAUUCCGUACAAAUCGCCGAGGCGUUAUGUGGAGGGUGAGGUGACGAUUCACUAUCGCUCGCCGGUGCGUACAGAGGCAAAAGAGCCGCUGAGCGAAGAAGAGCUCGCGCGCCGUAGUGCGGAGAACAUGCGGCGCGUCUAUCAGGAAGAACGUCGUCGCAAGUAUCUUCAGGAGUUGCACGACAUCGACUCGCGCAGGCACACGGACAACUUCAUACCUUCGCAAAAGUCGCCCAUACCGUUGAAUCGCUACGACGAUUUCGUGGACGAUUUGAGCCAGCGAAGUCGAUCCCAAGAUCAAACACCGGAACCGCGUCUGGUGGCCAGGGCGCUCUACAAUUUUGUCGGACAGUCGUCGCGGGAAUUGACUUUCCGGCGUGGCGAUAUCAUAUUUGUUCGACGUCAGGUGGACAAGAACUGGUACGAGGGGGAGUACAACGCGAUGAUCGGAUUGUUUCCUUACAACUAUGUCGAGAUUCUACCGUAUGACGGUACAAUGCGAACGACCCCGAAGAAGGCUCACGAGGGACAGGCGCGGGCUAAAUUCAACUUCGUCGCCCAGACCAAUCUCGAAUUGUCCUUAGUGAAAGGCGAAUUGGUGGUUCUGACGAGAAGAGUCGACGAGAAUUGGUACGAAGGUCGCAUAGGAAACAGAAAAGGAAUAUUCCCGAUCUCGUACGUUGAGGUGAUCACGGAACCCGGACAUCGAUCAGAGACACCGAUUCAGAACAAACCGGUCGCGUCUCCGGCGGCGCACAGUCUCUUAGCGAACGGCUCGUCCGGAGGGAAAAUGAGCAUGGGACCUCAUCAUUACGUGCCGUCCAUCCCGGUCAAUAUCAACACAACCCAGCCCCAUUAUAAUUCACUGCCACGUAUGGGAGGGAGCAAGCUGCAUAUAUCGCAGCUCAGCGAGACGCUGCACAUUGACACGCAUUCGGAACCAAUUCCAUAUCGAGCGUUAUACAAUUACAAGCCGCAAAAUGACGACGAGCUGGAGCUCAAAGAGGGCGAUACGGUGUACGUAAUGGAAAAGUGUGACGACGGAUGGUACGUCGGCUCCAGCCAGAGGACCGGUUACUUCGGCACCUUCCCGGGUAACUACGUGGAACGAUUGUGAGGAAGAUCGACGAUCCAGGACUUGAACGCCACGCUGCGCAUCAAGACCCAGGAUAAUUUUCACCAAAGCACUAGACGGAAACGUUAAGCUAAGAUUAUCAAAAAUUUUGUUCGUUUAACUCGCUGUCGAUUCCUGGCGAUAAAAGCGCCUUCUCGCAGAUCUGAGAAUUUUCUGGAGAAGUUUAACUGUUUUCAUCAUUAUUUUAAAUUAAUAAUAUUUUAUUAUCGGACUCUUUAGGAUUUUGUUUUGCAAUUUUAAUAAUUUGACUCGCAUAUUUUACUAAAAAAAAAAAAAAGAUUUUAGCAUACGAUUGUAGCAUAUCUCCGUUGUAUCUUUUAAUUUACUAAUUAAGUUUCAAAUAUAUAUAUCGGCGAGAAAGAUUGUUAUUUAAUGAUUAACAAAUU